UUUCCCUCAGGCUGCCUCUGGAGAGCCUCCUUCCAUGGGCGAGCGAGCGCGUACAGAGCCGGACACUUGUCCAGGCACGCCACAAUCGUGCUCAUCUUGAGUUUCAAAACUCUUCAUGUGUAGGACAAUGCGAACACACUCAUAAAUGAACUGUUCAAAGAAUCGUUUCAAAAAAGACUACAGAGCAAGAUUCUGCCGUGGAGGAGGAAGUAAGAUUGAUAUACAGCCAGGUCAAAACGUACUGAAACUCAUACAGGAUUGUUUUGAAAGUUGCAGCAGUGAUCUUACAAUAAACUCUCCAAAUGCAACCCUUUGCUCAACUCCUGUUUUCAAAAAUAGGAAGAGGACUUCAAUGCAGAGCCAAAGUCCAAAGGCAGGAUCAACCAACUCUGUGAAAAGAGCCUGUUAUUCUCCAGAAUCCUCACCUACAUCACUGCUAAAACCAGUCAGCAGCAGAGGACAGUCAUGUGAAUCACCCUUGAAGCCUGCAAUACAUGAUUAUGUAGAUGUUUCUAAAAAACCAGAGUCUCCUGUGUCUGAAAGCAAAAAAAUUACAUUAGAAGAUGUUGAAGUGCUGUGCCGAAGUCCUGCCAUGAUUUUGGACCCUGAGGAUGAUCACGGGUCUGUUGGAUCACCUUUUCCUGUGGAGAAAGGGAAAAGAUCUCCUGUAGUUAAAUUAUGUCUUGAUGACUGGAAUACACCUGCUGCAGCAAAGAGCUGUGGAGAAGUUGAAAAUUUGGAAGGACCUCAGAGUGGGAGAGAUGAGCAGGUUGUUCUUGUGCAAGGAACAGAACCUGUUGCUACAUCUUCUGUGCAGAAAGAGAAGACUUUCUCUUCAGCUCUCUUAGCAGCUGUAGCAACAGGAACACUUCAACAGAGAUAUUCAGCCUCGAUAUCACCUCCAUCACCUCCUCCUGUGAAAGAUCAAGAUAUGGAAAUCGAAAAUGAAUGUGAAUUUUUAAUUGAUGACUCAGGUGGUGCAUCAUUUACUUCUUGGAUUUCAAUACCCAGUAAGAAAAGAAAAUCAAAAAAAGAUGGCUCUGCAACUCCUGUUUCUAAAUCUCAGCCCUCUGAACAGAAGAAGACACAGAGUAAGAAAGGCAAGAACAGGAAAGCACAGGUUGAAGCACUUACUAAACAGAAACUGAAUAAUCGGGAUGCUGGAGCCUUUGACAUCAAAAGAACGUCGAAAUCGGAUCCAAUCUCUAACAGUGAAGGAAAUGUCCUUAAAUCUCAAAGCCAAAAGAGUACUCAUACAGGAAAGACUAAAAAGGAUGCACUUAGGCAAGACUCUCCAAACCAGAAAAAGAACACAUCCUGGAAACCAGAAGCUGAAGAACUGAUAUUGUCAUGGUCUGGAUUGGAAACAGAAACAUCUGAUGCAGAAAAAUGUAAAACAAGGGUGCUGCCAAGUGAAGAUUUGCCUAUGCCCUCAUCUGGGCAUCAACAAGAACAGACUGUGUCUCCAAAAAAGUCUCUCAAGUCUUCCAAGAAUCUGCAGUCAGCUUCAAAAGCUUCUCAGCAUUUAGAUAAGAGGAAACAAACUGCUAAGAAGAAACUUCCUAAGGUUAAAGUAGCUAAGAAAGUGGCAUUAAGUCCAAGGAAGGCGCUUAAAAAAUCUGUCAAGAAAAGUAGUAAUAAAAAACCUCGGUUGCAAAGAGAGAAGAGUUCUGACAGUGAACCUAGUGAAGAAGAGCAUGAAAGAGAGCCUGCAGAUUUGCAAGAUGUGCGUACCACACCCUUGCGUCAGAAAUUAGAGACUCCCGUGAUUCAGAAAUUGGCUGUGUCUGAAAAGCCUAGAAAUGUGUUGCACACAUUGGAGUCACCUGGUGGUGCAAAUAACCAAUCUCCUGUGAAAGCACUACAGCAUCCCAUGGACAGUGUGAAGAAUUCUGAAAAGAAGCAGUUGCCAGCCAAGUAUUCAGGGAAGAUACCCGGAAAGAUUCCUUGCAGAACCAAUAAAGCUGUUUCCUCAAACCCUGAGGACACUGAGUCUCAAACAGAUUCUGACAGCUCUUCUGUACAGAACAUGGCAAGGAAAAAACAGAAGUUAUCAGACGUAAAAAUAAAAAAUAACAAAAGAAAACGUAACAGGCAACAUGGACCACAAUAUUCCUUUGUGGCUGAGAAGGCUGUGAACUAUGAAAGUGGGCCUGUUCUAGAACAUUGUGAUAAAUUUGAUUCCAGCACUAAGUCUUGUGAACAGUAUGAUACAUCAUCAGAGACUUUUGAUGACUUGAAUUACAAAGUGAGAGAUCCAUUGUCAGACAACAUAGCAAGGCAUAAAAUAGUAAUGCCUUCCAACACACCUAACGUUCGUCGAACGAAAAGGAUACGGCUGAGACCUCUGGAAUAUUGGAGAGGCGAGCGCAUAAACUAUACUAUGAACUCUUCAGGAGGGCUUGUGAUUAGUGGAUUAGUGCAUCCAGAAACACAAUCUCGCAGUAAGAAUAGACAGAGGAAGGAUCGUCACAAGCAGAAAGCCAACAAAACAAAUAGAAGAGAGAUACCUGCAAGUUUGGAUCACAACCUAGCUGAUACUUCUAAGCCAACCAUUGUACUGGACCCAGAAACAAAUGAGGAGGUAGUUCUAGAAUGUGUUAACACUGAAAGCAGUCACGCUUGCUCCUUCAAAGACGAAGCGGUAGAAAUAUACAAAAAUCUGAAUACAUCUGUUUUUGCAACUGGUAAAUUGAUUUUGAAACCACUUAAGGAAAAGGGACACCAGUUUGUCCACAUGGAUACAAUAGCUUUCCAUAUUAUCCGUGGCAAAAUUAUUGUUACAUUACAUAAGACAUCAUAUUAUCUGACUGCAGGAGACUCCUUCUAUGUUCCUCCAGGAAAUGGAUAUAACAUACGUAAUCUUCUGAACGAAGAAAGUAUUCUUCUCUUCACACAACUCAAAGUCAGGUGAAGAACCUUCUGCAGAGAAGUUUGCUGAAACACUUGUCAAGCUUUUGUAUGUUCUGGAGUUCUUUUUACAUACAAAAAAUGUUUGAGUGUGCCCACCUUAACAUUACAGAUUAAAACAGAGCAGGUGAAGUCAACAUAAGAGUUGGGAACAAAACCAAAAGAACCUCAGUAGUUUGCUUUCAAACUAAAAUGAGAUACUGAAGGGCCUCACUUUGCAUCAAUUACUGUUCUUGUGCCAUCCAGUGACAGAAAGAUACAAGUAUAAAAUGUGUGGGUAUAUUUAUUGUUCCAAAUUGUAUCAAUAUGCUUAAUCUCCCUAAAGAUGCUUAGCACUUGAAAAAAUGUUGACAUCUUCAGCUAACAUCUGAUAGAUAGUCUUAGCAACUGCCUGGUACAUACUGCUUAGAAUAAUCUCUAUUUAAAUGAUGAACCUGCUGUUUGCAUUCCAGUAAUUGUUGUCUGGGAGAUGGGCUGCUGAAAUGUUUGUGUGCUGGGGUCCAGCCGCCUUCUAAAUAUGCUAAUGACAGGCAUUUGUUCCUUGUCUGGCAGCUGUAUGAUUAGUGCCUCUGGUUCCAAUAGUAAAGCAGGAGCUUUCAAGUAGGAGCUUAUCAGUUGUGUCUUUUGUGUGGAAGCUGUGGCCUGAUUAGCUCUGAACAUUGUUGAUAGCUUUAUUUUGUGUAACAGUGAUAGGUCAUUGCCAAAUGUAUUACUUUAAUAGCUCCUUUUGAUUUCCUUGCUGUGUUCGGGGUAGUAAUAAGGACCUUUGGGAAAGCUGUAAUUAUACUGUAUACUCCAGAAGCCAAGUCUAGACAGCAGAUGGUAUACAUAGCAUUUGUCUCCCAAGCUCUUCAAGGUUCCUUCUGACUGAAGAUAAACUACAGCUAUUCUGAUGGGGUGCUUUCUCUCUCUGGUCACUGCUAUCCUCAAAGAGAAGGAGAUAAGGAAAAUUGAAUUGGAAUAGAGAACUUUAAGGAUUUGAGGAUUGAGUAUUGACCUCAUAAACGAUUUUGGCCAUGAUCUUUAUGCUAAAUCUAGAGUAUACAUUAAAGUAGGAAAAAUGAAUUGGCUUUCAGCUGCCAGCUAACUUUGUGUGUCUGUGAAAGGGCUUGGACACCAAGACUGCCAUGCUUCUGUGAAAGAUCCUUUAGACUGGGGAGGAGUCUGAGAUAAUACUUUUUGUCAUUCUCUUUCAAGUAGUAGUUCCUAUAACUAGUGCAUACUGACAGUGGAAAUACUUGGUAGGGGUUAUGUGACAUCUUUGCAUUCAUGGCUGGGUCACAUGUAACUGGAAAAUGAAAUAGGAACAUGCCUUUUGCCAUUUAGUUCUGCCUCUGUCUUGAUAUGAACUAUUUGUAUCAGAGUUCAGACUACACAGAAGGAACUUUUUUCUCAGCUUCAACUUUUGUAAGCAGUUUGAGUUAAAAUAAAAAAAAAAAGUCAUUUAGUUACUAAAUAUGAGUUUGAUGUUGACAGCUUUUCUGAAUUUUGCACUUGAAAUGGUCUCUUCGAGAUCAGAAAGAUUCAAAUACUGUCCUUUCUGUGUUGGAGCCAUACCAGCUACCAGAUGGGCACAUAUGCUGUCUCCACUGCUUUAAGGAAUCCCACCCACUAAAAUGUUUAGUUUUUAAAUCUUUCAACUCCUCAGGCCUGCAGAGGUCUGUAACUUUGCCGCUUGGAAAAUGAGUAGAGGGCCAGCAUUAAACUCAAGUCUCUGCUUCUAACCCAAGCACGUGUCCCCGUAGUCAGGCCAUGGAUGCGAUGGUCUCUGAUCCCAGCAGCUCAUCGGUUCCAGUUGAAAGUCAGAACAAGAAAACUUUGCAGUUGUGUUAAAGGCCAGGGAAUUUAGAAUGAAAAUACUCUGCGAGUUUUCUUCAGUGUUACCUGUCUGCAGAUUGAGUAGCAGAAGGAUGGAUACUUUGUUAAGGGUUAGUGAACGUAUAUGGACUAGGGAGCUCAUGGCCCUAAAGGAAAGCAUGGAUGAUGUUGUGACAGAACUCAGCAGACUGUUGCUUGCCAGUGAUGUGUUUUCAUUUCGUGGACUCAAAUGAGAAGUGAUACGUUACCCUUCUCAUAUCAGGCAGUGAUGUGUCUUCCCCCACUGCACUGUACAGGCACUCUGCAGCAAGGUUUUGAGUUGAUUUUCUUUUGGGUCAAGAGUAAGUGGUGAGAAAUAUGUCCUUCAGGAUGCUUCCUUAGGCAGAAGUAACGUGCAGACCUUUUCCUGACACAGGCUGGAAAGUGCAGGUGUUCAAAUGCAGGUUUGAGGUCAGCAUGCCUGUUUGUAUUUUCCUAAUUCUAAGUCUAGGAGUGUCAACAGAAUAGGGUGGAUUUGGUAAAGUAUAUCGCUUUUUAGUCUGUAUGGAUUUGUUGCUUUCUGGCUAGUUGGUUUCUUGGAGAGAUGUCCUGUGUGAUUCGAAGAGAACAUUUUGUAGUUGGAUCACAUCUCAAAAUGUUUGUGUUUUACUUCUUUUUUAAGAAGCAAUACCAGUUGUGCCAAGGGAUGUUCUCUGGAAUAUCAGUGUAGCUUAGCAACACUUCUACUGUUUGUCAGUAGAUGGGGCUUCAAGCACAGUUGUUUGUCCUUUGCUGGCCUCUGUGUUCCAUCAGGGUCUGGUUUUUGAAAGGGAGGAAGAAGUGUGUUACAGGUGGAGAUAAAUUCAGUUGAAUUCUGUUGCAAGGAGGUGUAACAGUAGGACUUGGUACUAAAUGUUGCUAGGUUCAUUCUGUUAGUAUGGAUGGUGUACUAGUUGCAGCCACUUUCUCAAAAUUGUUUUUUAAAUCAUUAAUGCACUGCAGGAGUUGUUGAGUUGAGCUAGGUUGUUUGCUGUUGGCCUGGAUUACAUUUUAAUUUUUUUUCUUCAACUGGACACUUGUAUGAAAUUUGCUUCUGUGUCAUUAACCUGAAUAUAGCGUGGGGAGUUGCAAGAGGAUCUUCAGAGUUCCAGGACUUCUAUGGCUGCUGAGCUCUGCAGCGUGUCAGUCAGUAAUCAGUUGCUAGUCAGAAGCAGCAGCUGAUGUUUCACCUCUGCCUGGUCUUGUUUUGGCUCCAUUUUUGUGUACAUCAGGCCAAAUUGGAUAUUGCAAAUAAAAAAGCCUUUUACAAAAUGUGAGAAGUUUGCAUUCUUCUUCUGGCUUAUGUGUGUUUCUUUUUACAUGCAUAUUUUCUACUCUGCUGAGUAAUCUCACUUCCACUGGCUACUGUGGUUUAGCCAAGUUUUUGUUGAGCUAGGCUGACAUUGGUUAGCCAGUGUUACCUGCGGUGGAAUGAAGUUGGGAGCAUUGUUGUGUAAGAGACAUGGCCUUUUCCGCUGACUGUGAGGUAUACAUACUGUUCCUGGAGGAUAUCCCUGUUUUAGUAUAUUAAUUCAUUACUUUCUGUCAACAGUAAUUGAGAGAGCUGGAAACAAAAGCCAAGUCACAUAUUUCAGCUUCAUGUUAGUAGGUACAUGUGUUCUGUAGUAGGUACUGUGGUAACAUCCAGAGACUUGUUUUAAGAUGCUUAACUGAGAAGUCCCACCACAAUAAAACAUCAGAGUUUUGAAGGCUUUGACUCUCUUUGAAAAAAUUACAGGUUAGUAGGUUCUUUUGCAGAUCUAUCUUUUUGUAAUUUUCUUUGGUUAGAAAGCUGUUCCUGUUUUACUAAACAAACCUUUUGCAUCUUAAAGCAGCAGAAGAAUGAUUGCAGAACUGUCAGAUAUGUAUACACAUCCAUAUUUGUACAACUCUGUAAACAUAAAAUAGGAGAUUGUGAGCUGAGUAAUUACAGAAAAAAAUAAACAGGACCAAUAAAACAAACUGUUGAGGCACA